AUGAGAUGCGCUGGAGCCGCCUUGCUUCACCACCUCCUUUUCGUCGCCAUGAAACUCGUCAGGCCCGAAAAUUUGGAUCUGGAGUCUAUUCUUCCUGAAAGACCCGGUGACUACGACAGCCUGGAACCUCCCAAGGAAAACGGCAACCCAACUGUGGUUCGUUUUCACUUCACGGUCCUCAGCUUAGACUCCAUUGACGAAGGUUCUAUGACUUACGUGGCCGACAUCUUCAUGUCGCAAACCUGGCACGACCACCGGCUGCGGCUACCGCGGAACAUGACGGCCAAGUACCGGCUUCUCCCGGUCAGCUGGCUCAAGCGCAUGUGGAGACCGGACUCUUUCUUCAAGAACGCCAAGAGGGUCACCUUCCAGGAGAUGACCAUACCCAACCACUACAUCUGGCUCUACUCGGAUCGUCGGAUUCUCUACAUGGUCAACAAGCGGAUAUUAGGAGUAUAUACCGCAACUUGUGGCUAUGGCUGGCAACCAAAUGAAGUAAGAGUGCCGUUCAACCGCAAAACUCCCUUGGUGGCGCACUUCAUUCUAGUUUUAGGGUCGGCCGUCUUGACUUCUGUAAACAUCUACUAUAUGCUAUGGGAAAAAGAACCGACAGAGUUCAUAAAAAAAUCCACCCUCGAGGAGAUCUCAGCCGAGUUCGCCAUGGCGGUUUCUCUCGUCAUCUUAGCAGUACUGUGUUGGAGCCGGAUUUCGCGAACCCUGGGCUCUUCGGGUUUUUCCUGCGGAAUCCUUGGUCUGCUGGCCACGAGUACGAUCACAGAUUCCAUCCUUUUAGUGCGGCAACUUUUCCAGCAACAGGAAACCAUAGUAUGGCACGCGGUGUUUGAGCACUCGCAGGUUGCCCUAACCACGGCCGUAGCCGUCCUGAUGUGCGGAUGUUUCCUGGCUGCAGGGCUUCAAGACACCGUCUCCAGGAGAUCAUCGAAGUCACGGAAGGUUAAAUUUGCAGACCGUGAUGAAGAUAAUACGUCUACUUUUGGAAGACUCUUCUGUGUGCUGCUGAUGCCGCUUCUAAAGAUGAACCUAACCGGAGCCAAACCGUCGGAUGAAGUCCUUCCCCGACUGCGUGGUGCCCUCCGCUGUGGAGACAUCGUCUACAGGCUUCACUCAUUACUAAGCAAAAACGUGCGACGUCGAAUAGACUUCGUUGCGGCCCUGUGGCGUGUCCUAUGGAUGGACGCCUUCCGUGUCGCCCUCUGCACCUUUGCCUACUUCGCCUGCCUCUUUGUCAAGGUGCCCCUGCUCGAGUGA